AUGCAGACUUUUAAGACAGUGGAGACCCAAGUGCCCUUUUUGAAAGAGAGUUUCUUCACUACCACUUUCAAAGGCAGGAGGAAGAGCAGCGUUACCAACAUCCUCCGUAAACAACAGCACUCACUCCUCAAUCAACAGCACCAACAGCAACAGUGCAUUUUAGAGCAUCAGCAGCAGCGUCCGAAGCAAUUUCUUCCCCAGUCAGUUGAGAAUGGACAAGGGCAGUUCACUCCGGAGCAUCGGCGCCUUGCUCGCUCGACCAGCAGCCCGUUAUGCAAGACAGCUGAGCGUGCAGGAGCAGAUGGGGAUGGAGAGGAGGGGCAAAAAGAGAGGAAGGAUCAGAGAGUCGGAGAGGCUGUGCAGGGGAGGGGGGGAGAGCGAGGAGUGAGCGGUAGCAAGCCCGCGGCUGUCAGUGCCAGUCUCCUCCUCCUUUCAUCAUCAGCAUCAGCGGCGCUGGGGGAGGCAGCAUCAUCCUCACAGCUGCCGUUAACUGUGGUGGGCAGACAGCAGGGAUUAGGCAGCUCUGAAAGGGCUCUGACCAGCAGAGGACCAGCAUCAGUAGCAGACCAGGAGGGAGCCCAGCAUGCCCAGCCUCGACCCCAGCAACCUGGCCUGUUAGCCAAGGGAGUCCGCCUGCUCAGGAACAUGGGGAACCAGGAAACAAAGCAGAAGAAAGGAGGAGGAAGUGGGAGAGCAGCAGGGGAUGUCUCCUGCGAUGCUGAUGCUGAUGCUGAUGAGAGGGAAGUGGACAAAAAAUCUAAGAAGUCCCACAACAAGAUAAGUAAAGGAGGAGGAGGGGAACAUAACGGUAAGAAAAAAUCUAAGUCAGAGUCGAAGGGUUCUGUGUUUUCCGGCAUGAAGAUCAGGAAGAGUUUAUCGAAGGUGAAAGGGUUGUCUAAGGAAGACAUGUUGGAAGAUGGGAGGUCAGCACACUUUGACAAAGCAGGGCUCAAGCCCGCUGCAGAGGCGAGCCUGUCAGCCGAUGAGAUGGGCAUGCUAUCAGAUGUCGAGGGGGAUCUAAGCCGCUUGACCGCAGACAGUCACCAAUCUAUAGUGGAUGAGAUUGGCAGGAAGACAAGCUCUGGGUCGGAUGCUGAUCUCUACAGUUUUCACUCAGCAGCAGCUGAAAAUGAAGACCUGCUGUCUGACAUCCAGCAGGCCAUAAGAAACCAAUGUGUGGCCAGUGACAGGGUGCUGGAAAUGGUGGCUGGCCACGUACCUGAAGGGUCGACCUCUGAUGGGAGCAAAGCCCCUGAGAAGGUAUUUAAUCUGGAUGAGGAAGUGUUCCCUCCCCCUGUUGGAAGUGAAUGUGCCCCUCAAGAAGCAAGCGAGGAGAAAUUAGAGAACGAAAGCCGUGUCAUAACCAUAUCACGAAAUUCAUCUGGUCCAGGGUCCCUGAGUGAUAGUGGUCCGCCAUCGUCAGCCGCAGACACAGAGAGAAGCAGCGGCAGUCUUUUCCCAAAGACUAACAGCACGUAUAGUUUCCCCGACACUGCAACUACCACCACCUCGUAUGAGAGCGCUGAGGAGCCUCAGGAUGACCUGGAGAGCCCGCAGCAGAGCAAAAGCACAUACGGGACAUGUGUCCGCUUGGAUCCUGUGGUGGCAGGGGCAGGACCCAUGGGGUCUCAUAAGAGUGUGAGCAGCAUGGACCUGUCUAUUGAGAGGGAGGGCGUAGAGGAAACUGGGCGGCGGGACUUCCUGUCCCUAAAAAGGAGGAAGAGUAGCUUAUCUAUUAGUCAGCUAACACCAGACCUCCAUGUUUCUCAGCCAAGACGGCCAUCCUCCACCUCCCCCUCCACUGUCAAACUCUACCCUCCAGUCCACCCCUCCUACGUUAAGACCACCACCCGGCAGCUCACCUCUCCAGUUGGCUCCCCCAUCACCAGCCCUCAUGUGCCCAGGAAAACGGAUGUCACUGUUGCUUCAGUGGAACCCAGUGAGGCCAAGGGGAUUAAGAGGCACAAGCAGAGGUCCUGCUCCAUCGCUGGGCCCAUCAGCGUGUCUGCAGACUGGUCCAAAGAGCUGGAUGAGCUGACAAGAGGGCAAGGUGGUGGGGCCAAAUUCCCAGAGCAGGAUGCACCGGAGAAGAGUUACACAAGUGGGACUUACUGGACACUGGGCUCCAGGAGAGCACAUUAUGCACGGAAGACCUCCUCCACCGCAGUACCCUACCUGGAUGUCUUCUCUGGUCGCUCUCUGCUGGACCGGCUGUGUACGCAUACUGGAGAUGGGUCUACAGAAGAGGAAGCGAAGGAACUGGGUCACCGAAUGCUGGUCCAGGGUCUGUUGCACCCCUUCAGCGACAGCACCGCGGGGGUCCAUGGUGACAGCACUGUCUCAGCAGUCUUUAAUGAGGAGCAGCUUUACACCUGGGCGUCUGUAGGCCUGCCGGUGUCGGCUCACCUGUGGGAACUCUAUGGGGGCCGAACCACAGGCAGGGAACAGAGCCCGAGAUCCGCUUUGCGUCAAUCAUCAGCCAAGGCACCAGGAGCUCUACACUCUCAGACAGAAUCCAGCAGGUUGAAGUCAGGUCAGUCAUCCUCAGAGGAUGAAAGCUGUCUCAUCCCUCAGCUGGAGAGGACCAUCGAUGACCUCCGGAUUAAGAUUGCUGUGUUGCAGGGCCAGCAGGCCUCCUUGGCAAAGGGCAGCGGGGAUAAUAUGGGGGCUCCGGGCGCUGCCCACCACAAGGCCUCACAGAUGCGAGGAGGAAGAUUGGGAAAGCUGAGCCAGGAGGUGUCUGUCCAGACGUCGCCUGUGGACGAGGGUUUUAAGUUUGACGUGCCUUUCAGCGGAGGAUCAGGCAGCGUGUCGACCUCUGUUUCAUCCUCCAUCCCCAAAUCUACAGAGAGCUUUGUCUGCACCUGCCAGCAGAGGCAACAGAGCAGCGGCCAUCCAGCCCCUCCACCCCCGCCCCCACCUCCACCUCCACCUCCACCCCCAAUCUCUGGAGGUGUGCCCCCACCUCCACCACCACCAUCUUUACCAGGGGGUAUUGCUCCUCCUCCACCACCACCUCCCCCGCCCUUACCCGGGCUUGGACCAUGUCCACCACCGCCUCCCCCUCCUCCUCCGCCACCAGGUUUUGGACCUCCACCACCUCCUCCCCCGCCCGGUUUCGGACCUCCACCCCCGCCUCCUCCACCACCGGGCAUGGGCCCUCCUCCACCACCCCCUCCACCAGGAAUGGGCCCCCCUCCGCCACCCCCACCCCCAGGCUUUGGGCCUCCACCACCACCAGGCCCUAUGCCCUCCAUGAUGGCCCAGGAAGCUGCCCCUGCCAAAGCUGUGAUAGAGCCCCCGAAGCCAAUGAAGCCACUCUACUGGACACGCAUACAGCUGCAUAAUAAAACACCUAUUGUUUCACUGGUGUGGGAGAAAAUCGAGGAACCAAAUGUAGACUUUGAAGAAUUUGUGGAACUAUUCUCCAAAAGUGCUGUUAAGGAGAAGAAAAAACCCAUUUCAGACACAAUCAGCAAGUCAAAGGCAAAGCAGGUGGUGAAGCUCUUGAGCAACAAGCGCUCGCAGGCUGUUGGUAUUCUGAUGUCCAGCAUUCAUCUCGAUAUGAAGGACAUCCAGAAUGCCGUCCUGAAUAUGGACAACACAGUCGUCGAUCUGGAGACUCUGCAUGCCCUUUAUGAAAAUAGAGCUCAAAACGAUGAGAUGGAUGGCAUUAAGAAGCAUAUUAAGUCAUCCAAAGACAAGGAGGAUGCCAAGCCGCUGGACAAGCCUGAACAGUUUCUAUUCCAGUUGUCCCAAAUCCCCAACUUCACUGAACGAGUGUUCUGCAUCCUGUUUCAGUCAACUUUCCAUGAAUGUAUCACCUCAGUCCUUCGCAAAGUAGAAAUCCUUCAGAGAGUAUGCAAGUCUCUCCAGAGUGGUGAGUGUGUAUUGAAGGUACUUGGCCUGGUGCUGGCUUUUGGCAACUUCAUGAACGGAGGUAAUCGGUCUCGAGGGCAGGCCGACGGCUUCACCUUGGACAUUCUGCCAAAACUGAAGGACGUUAAAAGCAGCGAUAAUUCCCAGAGUCUUUUGUCCUACAUUGUUGCUUACUAUCUAAGGCACUUUGAUGAGGAUGCUGGCAGAGAGACGUGUAUCUACCCUCUGCCUGAGCCCCAGGACCUUUUCCAGGCCUCCCAGAUGAAGUUUGAGGACUUUCAAAGAGAUCUGCGCAAGCUGAGGAAAGACCUCAGUGCAUGCUCAGCUGAGACGGAGAAAGUUUGCAAGUUGUCGUGUGAAGAGAACCUGCAGCCCUUUAAGGACAAGAUGGACGAAUUUCUUAGCCAAGCCAAAACCGAACUGGAAACUCAAGAGAAGCAGCUGGCAGACACUCAGAAGAUCUUCUCGGAGCUGAGCGUGUCCUUCUCAGUUAAACCCAAGGCGGGCGAGAAGGAGGUCUCUCCCAACACUUUGUUCUCCAUUUGGCACGAGUUUUCCUCCGAUUUUAAAGACCAGUGGAAGAAGCAGAAUAAGCUGAUGUUACAGGAACGGGUCAAAAUGGCUGAAGAGUGCUUCAAACAGGCCAGGGAGAAGGCUUCCUACAAUGUGAAACCCAAACAUGCAACUGGAAUCAAAGCAAAGCUGGGUCAGAAGAUCUGAAGCAGAGAAUGGAAAAUUAUCAUCACCAAGCCAAUUGCACAAGCACUGUUUGUACAAUCUGACAAUGACUCAUCAGUCAUUUUUACAACAUUUAUUUGCUUCCAGUACUUG